UCAGGGUUUUAUAAUAAACUUACAUAUUCACAAGAUCUGAUUCUUUUUAAGGUACCCAUUUCAAGAUUUUUACUUUAUAUUGUUUAGAUUAGGUUUUAAGUUGAUCUUGAAUUGUAAAGUUGUAAACUUUUUGAUACCCAUUUGGAUUUAAGACUUACCAUUACCAAACCUUAUCCAUUUUAUCAUACAAAGCUUAAAGGUUUAAGCUUUUUUGGGAAAAAACUUUAAAAAAUUUGAUUUAUAAGGGUUUGGUGAUAUGGGUAAUUGUUGUGCUUCACCUUCUAGUGGUGAGAAAAAGAAAAAAGGGAAAAAUAAACCGAACCCAUUUUCGUUAGACUACGGAGUGUCCAAUCCAUCUGCAAAUGGUGGGUAUAAAACAACUGUGUUGGAAAAUCCAACAGGAAAUGAGAUUGAGAGCACAUAUAUUCUUGGUAAGGAAAUGGGUAGAGGAGAAUUUGGGAUUACGUAUAUGUGUACGGAUAAGACGAACGGUGAAGUAUAUGCGUGUAAAUCGAUAUCGAAAAAGAAGUUGAGAACUAGAGUUGAUAUUGAGGAUGUAAAGAGGGAAGUUGAGAUUAUGAAACAUAUGCCACCACAUCCUAAUAUUGUGACCUUGAAAGAUACUUAUGAAGAUGAUAAUGCUGUUCAUUUGGUUAUGGAGUUGUGUGAGGGGGGAGAGUUGUUUGAUCGGAUUGUUGCUAGAGGUCAUUACACUGAGAGAGCGGCUGCCGGUGUGACUAAGACCAUUGUUGAGGUUAUUCAGAUGUGCCACAAACAUGGUGUUAUGCAUCGUGAUCUUAAACCCGAGAACUUUUUGUUUGCCAACAAGAAAGAAACCUCACCCUUAAAGGCUAUUGAUUUUGGAUUAUCCGUUUUCUUCAAGCCAGGAGAGAGAUUUAAUGAAAUUGUAGGCAGCCCAUACUACAUGGCUCCUGAAGUCCUGAAACGAAAUUAUGGUCCUGAGGUGGAUGUCUGGAGUGCUGGAGUAAUUUUAUACAUAUUACUUUGUGGUGUUCCACCUUUUUGGGCAGAAACUGAACAAGGUGUUGCACAAGCGAUCAUUCGAUCAGUUGUAGAUUUUAAGAGGGAUCCUUGGCCUAAGGUAUCUGAUACUGCAAAGGACCUUGUCAAGAAGAUGCUCAAUCCUGACCCCAAGUUACGCCUUACUGCUCAAGAAGUUCUCGAUCAUCCCUGGAUACAAAAUGCCAAGAAAGCUCCAAAUGUGUCUUUGGGUGAAACUGUCAAAGCAAGACUCAAGCAAUUCUCUGUUAUGAACAAGCUUAAGAAAAGAGCUCUAAGAGUAAUUGCUGAGCAUUUGUCUGCGGAAGAGGUGGCGGGCAUGAAGCAAGGUUUUGACUUGAUGGACACAAACAAGCAAGGGAAAAUCGAUUUUGCUCAGUUGAAAGCCGGGUUGCAGAAACUUGGGCAUCAAAUCCUUGAUGCAGAUGUUCAAAUACUUAUGGAAGCAGGUGAUGUUGACAAAGAUGGAUUCUUGAACUAUGGAGAAUUCGUCGCAAUCUCGGUUCACUUGAGAAAAAUGGGUAACGAUGAUCACCUUAAAGAUGCUUUUGCAUUUUUUGAUAAAAACCAAAGUGGGUACAUAGAAAUCGAAGAGCUAAGGGAAGCCUUAUCUGAUGAUGAUGAAGCCAACAAUGAAGAAGUCAUUUCCGCCAUCAUUCAUGAUGUUGACACUGACAAGGAUGGGAAGAUUAGUUUUGAAGAGUUCACGGCAAUGAUGAAGGCAGGAACGGAUUGGAGAAAAGCAUCGCGACAAUAUUCAAGAGAAAGAUAUAAUAACUUGAGCUUGAGAUUGUUCCAAGAUGGAUCAAUGGAUACAGCCAAUGAGGUAAGAUGACUGACUACUGCAAAACCAACAAUUAUUUUACCAAAGAGAUUAAAGUUUCUUACAGUCGUUUUUCGAGGUUAUUUUCCUUUGUUUUGACAAAGAUGUAGAGAAGGGAUUUUAUUGUGGUUGUAAAUAUGGAUAUGUUUACAUAUCCUUGAGAGCCAGUAUACCUUCUUUUCCAUCUAAUUAGUUUCUUUCUUUCUUUAGCAGAUUGGAUAAUGUAAAGCAUGCUAAUUAAUAGUAAAAAGUGUUUAGUUUGUCUUUUGAA